GCGAUGUCACCGUCUGACAUCAGCCAGUUCCAUACGCACAUGAAUUAAUCAGCCAUCUGCCCAGCAUUUCCCAGACCAUUUUAUGAUGUCAGCACACAGUGUCCACUCAUUCAAUCUUCUGCAAUCCGUUCUCCUAGUCCCUAUGGGUGUUCUGCAAACCUUUCUAGAACUCCCAGUUCUUUAUGACCUCAGCACCCUGAUACAUGGAUUCUGAACCACUCCUAGCCUGCAGUGAGGUCACGCCAUCACUACAAACAGCCUGCAGACUGCCUCCUGGAGCUAAAUACCCCCUCCCAGCACCAUGGUCAGCAUCAGAGUUACCAAGCAGCUGGUCCUUACACCUAACAUGGGAUGGGGAGGUAUGAGCUGGAAGGACUCCUUUGUCACCAUCACUUUCCCCAGCAAAGUAAUCUUCACCAGUGCCUCCCUCCUGCUGCUGCUGGUUCACAUGGGUAUCUUCGGAGGAGACCUCUACCACUUCACUGUGACCCAGAAGUUCAAUCUCAUGAGCUUUCAUGGCACCACAGUACUACUGGUAUCCCAUGUGAUGAGCUUUUACUGGGCCUUGCUUGCAACAUUUUACACCUUGGAGGCCAAUGACAAGGUUCUCAGGGGGUUUGCCCUGACCUCACUGGACACUGUCUCCCCUCCUCUGAGGCGCAGGUCCGAGAGGAUUUCAGGGUCUCCUACCAGGCGUGGCCCCCAGAGGAAACCUUUGGUGGAGAAGAAGAUGGUGGGGAGCCCACUUCCAGCUCCAGUGGUGAAGCGAUUGAUCAUGGUGAAAAAGAUCAUGCCCCGAAAACAGCAGCCUGCUGUUGCUUUAACUGAAGCAGAACAAACCACAUGCAUGACUGGUACUGCUUUGACUCCACGGCGCAGCCCCAGGAUCUCCCAGAAGGCAGGAAAGGAGAACUUCCCAGUGGAAAGCAGCGAGGCCAAAGGAUGUGGAAGCACUGAUGCUAACCCAGUCUUAACAUCAUCUCUCCCUGCCAAUGCCUCAGGCCUGGUGAAGAAGGCUGCCCUGUCUACAGUUAGCAUCAAUGUAUGUGACUCUCCUCCCCAGGAUGAGAGGGAUGUUCUGAUGUCUAAGAAAGUGCGCCGAUCCUACAGCCGUCUGGAUGCCUCACCCAGCUUGGACAUGUCAACACCCACAUUCGCCCAUGGCCUGCAGAAGAAGUGCUCGCUCUUUGGCUUUGAGAAGUUCCUAGUGCCUGAUGCACUGGCAGAUGUGUCUCCAGUGGGUAAGGUUUCCCCUGCCCAGGAGACUCCAGUGGAGCCCAGUGCCUUGGGCUCCACUAAGGAAUGGGACACAAACAUUCCUGGCAUCUCCUUUCCCAAAGAGAAACGGAAGAAAAGGAGGAUCCCCCAGAUAGAUAAAUCUGAACUGGAUGAAUGGGCUGCUCAGAUGAAUGCAGAGUUUGAAGAAGCAGAGCAGUUUGAUCUUCUUGUGGAAUGAAGCCUCUCCCAGUAACCUGCAUUAUUCUUUUGUACAUAGAGCUGACGUGUUGUUUUUUCACUCUAAAAAUUAAUAAAGUGGUUCUGUCUGUCUGUC